AUGAGUGCAGCACCAUCAUCACAAGACACCCCCGUCGCUACAAAGAUCACUCAGGAGGUCAAGCAGGAAGUCCAUGACCUUCAGUCCGGAGAGAUCGACACCGUCGAGACAAACGCCCGUUACCUCGCCUACCUCGCCCGUUACAAGUCCCUCUUCGUCGCCUCCUCUCGCUAUCUCGCCUACUCUUCCGAUGUCGGCGAGGCCUUCCGUCCCGUCACCGCUCCCUUCUUUGUCAAUGCCAUGUACGGUGUCUCGUUCGCAUACGUUGGAUUUGAUGUCGCAUACGAGGGAUACAAGGCCAAGAUCGCAGGAGCACCCAACGAUGUCAUAGGAAUGACCGUCUUGAAGCGUGGUAUUUUCCAGGGUCUUGCUUCUUUACUCAUGCCCGCUAUCACGAUCCACACUGUCGUUCACCAAUCAGGAAAGAUUUUCAAGAAUAGCGCCAACGUUGCAUUGAAGAAAUGGGGACCUACCGCCCUCGGUCUUAUGGUUGUGCCGGCAUUGCCCAUCAUGUUCGAUCACCCCAUUGAGCACGCCGUCGACAGGGUCUUUGCCAUGCUAGAGGGUGGCGGAGGAAAGACUCUUCCUAUGGAGCCUGCAGAGAAAGAGAAGGUUUUGGAUGCCGUCCUCAACAAGGAGAAGACAGAGUAA